AUGCUACGGGUGAUGAGUGCAGCCGCCGGUACACAGGUCACUGUUCUCUCACAAGAGGGGCUGUGCCGCAUAGUCGCAGCAGAUGGUUUGGCUGUGCGUGGGCUUAAGCGGCACUUGCACCCGUUGUGUGGGCAGCCCCGGUUUCGUCAGAGGCUGAUAAGGAUGGCAGACGGUCUUGUCCUUGCAGACGAUGCAACCUUGGAGGUCCCUGACGAAGUUCAGCUGGUGCUGCUGCCCUUGGCCGACACUUCUGCUUCUCAAGCACUUGUCCUGCAUGCUGCAGUUGAGGGAAAUCUUGUGCAUGAAGUAGACAUCAUUCUCGGCCGGCCUCAAGAUCCAGACUUUGCACCAGAAGACCAGAAAACUCCUCUUUGUUUGGCUUCUCGUUGUGGGCACUUGGACAUCGUCCGUUUGCUCUUGGAAGCUCGUGCCGACAAGGACAAGCCGGACGAUUCUGGACGCACGCCUCUUUCUGUGGCUGCGGGUGAAGGGCACUUGGAGGUGGUCCGAUUGCUGUUGGAUGUUGGUGCUGACAAGAAUGAGCAGGAUGAUUCCAGUUGCACUCCUCUUCUCAGGGCUACAAAGAGCAAACACUUGGAGGUAGUCCGUUUGCUGCUGGGUCGCGGCGCCGACAAGGACCGACCUAACUUUCAUGGUUGCACUCCGCUGUACACGGCCGCUUUGAAUGGGCACUUGGGGCUGGCCGGCUUGCUGCUAGAUGCUGGCGCUGACAAGGACAAGCCUGACUUGUCUGGUCACACUCCUUUUGCCACAGCUGCAGCGGGAGGGCACUUGGAGAUGCUCCGUUUGCUGCUGGAUGCGGGUGCUGACAAAGACAAGCGCGACCACCGACAACGUACUCCUCUUUUUUUGGCUGCAGCGAAUGGGAAGUCGGAGGUGCUCGGCUUGCUUCUUGAUGCUGGUGCUGACAAGAACGACCCCGACGAAAAUCAAAUGACUCCUCUUCAUAAGGCUGUAUUUCAAAGGCACUUGGAGGUGGUCCGCACGCUGGUGGAUGCCGGCGCUGACAAGGACAAACGUGACGAAUGGCAACAAACGCCUCUUUUCAUUGCUGCUGCACACAGCCGCAUCCAGGAGCUCCACUUGUUGCUGGGUGCUGGCGCUGACACGAAGAUUCCUAACAGAUGGCAACAAACUCCUCUUUUCACGGCUGCCGCACUCGACAACUUGAGGGUGGUGCGCUCGCUCCUGGAAGCUGGCGCCGAUAAGGACAAGCUGGACGAUUCUGGACGCACUCCUCUUUCUGUGGCUGCGGGUGAAGGGCACUUGGAGGUUGUCCGACUGCUCUUGGAUUUUGGUGCUGAUAAGGACAAGCCCGACAAGUCUGAACGCACCCCUCUUUUUGCGGCUGCGAAGAUGAACCACUGCGGCGUAGUCCGCGUGCUGCUGGAAGCUGGUGCAGACAAGGACAAACCCGACAUUUUUCAAGACACUCCUAUUGCUGUGGCCGAGGCAAACUAUGCGUGGAAGGCGGCGCACUUGCUGCGGGAAGCUGGCGCUGUCGAAGAGACACGUGUCAAGCGACAACGCUGUCAUUGA